GGUGGUCGAGCUGUAGUGUCUGAUAGGAUAACACUGGUGGUGGAGAACACGCGGUUCAUAGUAUCGCGGGAACUGUUUGCCACCCGAAAGGAUACAAUGCUUUACUCGAUGUUUCACUCGUCGCUAUCACUGACCAAAGCCAACGCAAAGGGAGAGUUCGAGUUCGAGGGCUUCUCCGCCACUGUUUUCAAAGCCAUUCUCGAGUACUUCAAGACAGGAGUCAUCAAAUGUCCCCCCAGUGUGACAGUGCCUGAACUGCGGGAGGCGUGCGACUACUUCCUCAUCCCCUUCGACGCCUCGACUAUUAAAUGCCAUAACUUGAGAGGACUACUUCAUGAGCUGAGCAAUGAAGGCGCCAGAAGUCAGUUCGAGAGGUUCCUCGAGGAACGCAUUUUGCCAGAAAUGGUGGUCUCCGCCCAACGCGGCGACAGAGAGAGUCAUAUCGUUAUUCUUCUCAACGACGAUGUCGUCGAUUGGGAUGAAGAAUAUCCGCCGCAAACCGGUGAAGAGUACUCUCAAAUCAUUUACUCGACUUCGAUGUACCGGUUCUUCAAGUAUAUCGAAAACCGUGACGUUUCUAAACAAGUACUCAAAGAAAGGGGAUUAAAGAAGAUUAGACUCGGAAUAGAAGGAUUUCCAACGCAUAAGGAGAAGAUCCGGCGCCGACCGGGAGAUCGUCGGCCAGAAGUGAUCUAUAACUACGUUCAGAGGCCUUUCAUCCGCAUGUCGUGGGAGAAGGAAGAGGCGAAGUCACGUCACGUGGACUUCCAGUGCGUCCGAUCGAAAUCAAUCACCAAUUUGUCUGUCGAUGGCGUCGAGAGUAUCGAACAGAGUGUCAACGAAAUGGUUAUGAAUGAAGCGGUCGGUGCUAUCGGUGGCGAUGGCGGCGCCGGUGGUGUCGCGGCUCUUCCUCCUCCACCGGCAACUCCCGGGCCUUUAGUCCAACAGUCGAUGCCAUCACAUGACGAGUCCAUAAGCAGUGCUCCAAAUGCCGAA